AUGGAUCUGAGCCAGGUGAGGGUCCCGAUGGAAGUCCGAAGGAGAUCAGGCAAACGGCAUCAUUUGUGUGGUUCUCUACAUGGUGACAGGUGGGCCAGGAGAUCCAAAGCGACGUGGGCAAAAUGAAAUAUGCAUCAGAGGGGCGCAAUCCAUCUCCUUCUCUGUGUGUUGUUGUCCAUGGGGACAGAUAAGUAGGAGUCUGACAUCGCAUGCUGACCAGCACCAGGUCGACGCUGCCGUCACGUUAGCCUCGCAGGUGAUCGAGGGAAGGGGACUCAAACCCCUUGUGGGUGGGAGGUAUCUCCAUCUUGGUUCGUCGUGUGUGUACUGCGUUCUCAGCUGGGGGAUGGUGCCAAGUCCUUGGAGAGUAGUAUUGCGGACCUGAAUGGCUUCCUAGCAGAGGUAGAUGGGCAACGGAUCCACCUCGUUGCCGUAGGGACGGUGGGAUCUGUCUCUGUGCUGUGCGGUGUCGGUGCAGGUGGGCGGCAUAGCGUCGCAGAUGCAGCAGCUGCAGCCAUCGCAAAUCACAUCAGAGGUGAGUCAAGCAUCCGGUGAGGGAGCUGUACGCACAAUCCAUCCAUUCCGGUUGCUGUGUGCAGGCGUCGUUGCGCGCGGCCCGAGAUGUGGGUGAGCAGAUGACGUUGAUGGCCUCCCACACGGCGGCCGUCACCACACAGCUAGCACUGCAGCGGAUCCCGCUUGCACGCGCUGUGGCUGCCCUCACCGCAUCGACGGCAGAUGAGCCACACCAGGGACAACAUCCGGAACAGGAAGCCAGCGACGCUGCCGCAGCAGCACAGACACAGGUAGCCAGGACACUGAAGAGGAGCACUGCAGGAGCUGGCAUCAGACGCACUGUUCUCUUCCGUGUGGGUCAGGAAGAGCCGUCGGUUCGAGGUCCUUCGUAUCGGCUCGUCUUUCGAAGCGGCAAGAAGCCCAUCAACGAACCGGUACACACACUCGGGGCAGACAUGCAAACUGAUUCGUAUCAAAAUUGGUUGUGCCGUGUGUCGUGUGUGCCCUUGGUGGCAGCCUGCCCUGGCCCGCGAGUUGCAGGGAUGCAUCUUAGGCUCCCUCCAGCCCUGGGAGCUCGCACGACUGCGGCCGGCCAUCGGCCGGCGCAUCUUCCACCAAGCGGCGCAGCAGUACACCCACCUGACGAUGGACAGCGAUGACGACGAGGCGCGCGGCAUGUGGGAGCGAAUGUCGUGCGAUAUGGCGCAUAGGUAAGGCCAGAGGAGCCGCAACCUCAAAGAACUUACCAUCCGCCACCCAAACCGAUACUCAGUCGAAGCCAACUGGUGUGACGGUGCCUGGGUAUCCCUAGUUGAAGGCCACGCACACGGUCAUACCAUUGGGGGGCAGCCGAGCAGUGGUGCGGCAUCGUCAUCAGCAACAGUGAAAGACGGCAUCGAGAGCGCCGCCCCGCCCCUUCGCCAUCCCCCUUCACACGCCACACUCCAGGUGCUCCGAUUUGACAUGCUCGAGUACGGCAUCGGGACUCGUGAAUGGCACCCCCUCGGCCCGCCCCCCACCGCCCCCGUCCAUCUGCCCGCCCUCACCACCGUCAUCGAUGUCCAGCCCGAUCAUGCGCCGGCCCGGGUGGGCCGCAAUUGGCACACGCCCAACGUCCGAGUGCUGACGUUCCAGGGCACCUAUAGCGAGGCCGACAAGUUUGAGGGGGCGCGACAGUGGAUUGGCGACGGCACCCAGCUGGAGAAGCUCGAGUACAACUCACGCGGGUACGGCGGACGGAUACACAUGGGUGCGGGUGCAUACCGUGUGGCAGGCAGGAAUGGACGCCAUCUCGUUAUGUGUCUGUGCAGGAACGAAUCGUAUAACGAUGAGUUUCUCAGUGGGGUGCCUGAGGGCAAGUCGCUGUCGGGUCUCCGCUCCCUUGGCCGCGUGAGUGUCACAUGCGAGGACACUCAUGGCUGGUGGGAGCCUGCCGACAUGCGGCAGUUUCGCAAUCUGCUCGUGCGGCGAGGGUGCGUGCAGUGCAUCCGCGAGAUGCACUUCAAUCUCGCACUGGAUUGGAUCGAGGACAGCGCUGAGCAGCGCCAGAUGGUCGACAAGGCAGCGGAACUCACGUAAGGAAUGCGAUGCGGCAGCAAUGUCGGAUGACGUCUACCCUGACUGCGUAUGUGAUGUGGGUCUUGUUCCUGUCUUUCAGUGACACGGUGAUGCAUCCCGACGCCAUCAGCCGGCAGCUGAUACCCGAGGCGCCAUGUGGAGGAUUUGGCACGAUUAGCCUGCAGCUGCUGGCGUGGAGCCGCGCCCACCGGUCGCCGACGGCCGAGAAGCUCGUGACGGACUACGCCAUGGGCGUGUCCACAGUCAUCUUCGACGACAGCUCAAGCCCACGCGCAGACGCGGCCCCCGACGAGGAGCAAGAUGAGGACGAGCGUCAGGUGUAUCGUCCGUACCCUGUGACGCCCGCCACAUUCCCCCAGGCCAACAAACUGACGCUGCCGCAGUCCAGCCUCCCGAGGGAGGACAUCGGGAGGGCUGUCGAGGUGGCCACUAGCAUGCCCCGGCUGGAGCACAUCGACGCCAGCAGCUCUGGGGUCGCAGUGGGCUUCCUCCAGGCAUUCCACGCGGCGGCACCAGAUAGGGCGAUCGGCACAGUGACGCUGCAACUGCCACUCAAAGACCUGAGCUCCAAGCGGUGCACUUUUGACGAGUGGGGCAAGAGCCGUAAUAUGCUGCCGGCAAUCGAGCGCAUCACUCUGAGUGUAGUAGGUGGGCAGACAACGUGCGUGGAUGGAUGGACAGCUGGUCCAUGUUGUGUGUUACGCGUGAAUGUAGGUAACACGCAGGACGGUUCGAAGCUCGAGAGAUUGCACGCCAACGUUGUGGCCCUCAUGCAGCAGACCAGCCAUGUCAAGGUGGGUGGGUACAAUGGAAGGGAAGACUGGUGCCUGGUCAACCAACGGCCCUGCUGCUGCCUGUGUGUGUCGUUGGUUUGCAUGUGGUGCCUUUACACAGGGGGCUCCGCGUAUCGAUGCGACCUUCUCGCCCCAUGGUGGUUUGGCGAAGAAGAUCAGCGAGCGGUUUGCGUCUGCGCACGCCCUGUUCAAUCUCUCGAGCUCAAGCACCAAGUUGCAGCUGGAAUGGGCUGAAUCGGAUAGGCUCGAGCUGACGCGGCUCGAUUAG